AUGGAGCAGUGGCGGCAAUGCGGCCGCUGGCUCAUCGACUGCAAGGUCCUGCCGCCCAACCACCGCGUCGUGUGGCCCUCGGCGGUGGUCUUCGACCUGGCGCAGGCGCUGCGCGACGGGGUCCUUCUAUGCCAGCUGCUGCACAACCUCUCCCCUGGCUCCAUCGACCUUAAGGACAUCAACUUCCGGCCGCAGAUGUCCCAGUUCCUGUGUCUGAAGAAUAUUCGAACCUUCCUCAAAGUCUGCCACGACAAAUUUGGACUAAGGAACAGUGAGCUGUUUGACCCUUUCGACCUCUUUGAUGUCCGAGACUUUGGGAAGGUCAUCUCUGCAGUGUCCCGUCUGUCCCUGCACAGCAUCGCACAGAGCAAAGGGAUCAGGCCUUUUCCAUCGGAGGAGACAGCGGAAAACGAUGACGAGGUCUACCGGAGCCUGGAAGAGCUGGCUGACGAGCAUGACCUGGGCGAGGACAUCUACGACUGUGUCCCGUGUGAAGAUGAAGGAGAUGACAUUUAUGAGGACAUCAUUAAGGUGGAGGUACAGCAGCCCAUGAAAAUGGGCAUGACCGAGGAUGACAAGAGAAGCUGCUGUUUGUUAGAGAUUCAAGAGACCGAGGCCAAGUACUACCGCACCCUGGAGGACAUCGAGAAGAACUACAUGGGUCCCUUGCGGCUGGUGCUAAGCCCGGCGGACAUGGCUGCCGUCUUCAUCAACCUGGAGGACCUCAUCAAGGUGCACCACAGCUUUCUGCGAGCCAUCGAUGUGUCCAUGAUGGCUGGUGGCAGUACCCUGGCCAAGGUCUUCCUGGAGUUUAAGGAAAGGCUCCUGAUCUAUGGAGAGUACUGUAGCCACAUGGAACACGCUCAGAGCACACUGAACCAGCUCCUCGCCAGCCGAGAGGACUUCAGGCAGAAAGUGGAGGAAUGCACACUCAAGGUCCAGGAUGGCAAGUUCAAGCUGCAAGAUCUGCUGGUGGUGCCCAUGCAGCGGGUGCUGAAGUACCACCUGUUGCUCAAGGAGCUCCUAAGCCAUUCUGCAGACCGGCCAGAAAGACAACAGCUCAAAGAAGCACUGGAAGCCAUGCAGGACUUGGCCAUGUACAUCAAUGAAGUGAAACGGGAUAAGGAGACCUUGAAGAAGAUUAGUGAGUUCCAAUGCUCCAUAGAAAACCUGCAAGUGAAGCUGGAGGAAUUUGGGAGGCCGAAGAUUGAUGGGGAGCUGAAAGUCCGGUCCAUAGUCAACCACACCAAGCAAGACAGGUACCUGUUCCUGUUUGACAAGGUGGUCAUUGUGUGUAAGAGGAAAGGCUACAGCUAUGAGCUGAAGGAGGUCAUUGAGCUACUCUUCCACAAGAUGACGGAUGACCCUAUGCACAACAAGGACAUCAAGAAGUGGUCCUAUGGCUUCUACUUGAUUCACCUCCAAGGAAAGCAGGGCUUUCAGUUCUUCUGCAAGACAGAGGACAUGAAGCGGAAGUGGAUGGAGCAGUUCCAGAUGGCCAUGUCGAACAUCAAGCCAGACAAAGCCAAUGCCAACCAUCAUAGCUUCCAGAUGUACACGUUUGACAAGACCACCAACUGCAAAGCCUGCAAGAUGUUCCUCAGGGGUACCUUCUACCAGGGAUACCUGUGUACCAGAUGUGGCGUCGGGGCACACAAGGAGUGUCUGGAGGUGAUACCCCCCUGCAAGAUGAGCUCGCCUGCAGACGUGGAUGCUCCUGGAGCAGGACCAGGUCCCAAGAUGGUUGCUGUGCAGAAUUACCAUGGUAACCCAGCCCCUCCUGGGAAGCCUGUGUUGACCUUCCAGACAGGGGACGUGAUAGAGCUGCUCCGGGGUGACCCCGAUUCUCCUUGGUGGGAGGGGCGGCUGGUUCAAACCCGGAAGUCAGGGUAUUUUCCCAGCUCAUCUGUGAAGCCCUGCCCAGUGGAUGGAAGGCCGCCUACUGGCCGCCCACCAUCCCGGGAGAUGGAUUACACUGCCUACCCGUGGUUUGCUGGCAACAUGGAACGGCAGCAGACAGACAAUCUGCUCAAGUCUCAUGCCAGUGGGACCUACCUCAUCAGAGAGCGUCCAGCUGAGGCCGAACGGUUCGCCAUCAGUAUCAAGUUCAAUGAUGAAGUGAAACAUAUCAAGGUGGUAGAGAAAGACAGCUGGAUCCAUAUCACGGAAGCAAAGAAGUUUGAGAGCCUGCUGGAGCUGGUGGAGUACUACCAAUGCCACUCACUCAAGGAAAGCUUCAAGCAGUUGGACACUACACUCAAGUUCCCCUACAAGUCUCGGGAGCGAGCCACCACCAGGGCCUCAAGCCGGUCUCCAGUGUUCACACCUCGGGUCAUUGGCACGGCUGUGGCCAGGUACAACUUUGCAGCACGAGACAUGCGGGAGCUGUCACUGCGGGAAGGUGAUGUGGUGAAGAUCUACAGCCGAAUCGGUGGGGACCAGGGCUGGUGGAAAGGCGAGACGAAUGGGAGGAUCGGUUGGUUUCCUUCAACGUAUGUGGAAGAAGAAGGCAUCCAGUGAGGGCAAGACCUAGACAGGAACCACGGAUGCUCUUGGGAGUCUCCCCAGCUCUGAAGUCCGCCUCUGGCUUCUCCACAGCUCUGGGAACUGCCUGCGAAACCUGCAGCUGUUAUGGCCCAUAGGGAUGGGGAGGGUGUCCCACCGUCACCUGCCCUAGGAGGCCUGUCCCUGGGUAGAUUCCUUGUACAUAGAGGAAAUCUGUGCUGGCCAUACCCAGAGCACCAAGGAGAGGGAGCUCAGGCAAUAUGGCCAAGCAUGUGUGGCUGACAGCAGAGCUCAGAAGCCACUGCCUGCCUCUCUGCUUCAGAUAGUUGUUCAGGAGUCUAGAACUCCACUCAUGUUGUGCCAGGGAGGGCUGGGGACAGCAGUGGUUCCCUUCCCAGGCCCAUCUGCUGCCUCAUGCUGAUCUGCCUGUCUUUUCUGCUGCUCUCUAGAGUGUGUGUCAGGUCUCGGGAGGCAGGCAGGACCAGAGCUGAGCUGUUCAGUAGCAUACGCUAGGCCUAGCUGGGAGAGAGAACUUGCUCAGGGCCACUGGAUCAUGCUAGCUCUGGAGCUUUCCCUGGCCGCCUCCCUUCUGACACAUCAGGGUCCUGCUGAGUGCUAACUGGGCAGGCCCCUCCCUCAUGAGGGGCCUUCGGAACGAUGACAUUGCUGACCCACCCCCAGCCCACCCAGUCAGUGGUACUGCUCUUUGCUUGUCAAAGCCCCUUCCCUGAGCCAGGAAACAGGUCUUCUCUGCCCUGCUGCCAGGGGACACAUCUGUGAACCCCAAAGGGCAGGGUAGAAUACCAGGUUUCCAUCCCCACUGCCUCUUUCUCUCCAGGAGGCACUCUUGGGUCUUCUGCAUUCCAAACUACGGUCACUCGGAGUCUGCUGGCCUUUGCACUAGAUGUUGGUUAUGGCCCUUGACAGGUCUCUCCACAAGGAUUCCUGCAGCCCAUAUUCUGGGCCUAUGGCUGGCUCAAAUUAAGUGCUCUUGGGGUAUCUCUGCCCUUUCACUUCUCCUGGUGCUUCCUGCCCUUUGACCUCUGGCUUGCUUGGCCAGCCCCUAGUUCCUUCCUGUGGAGAUCUGUGUGAGCGUAUGUGCAGACACACAGACUCUCGGCCCUUUCUCCCUUCAUCCAGCUGCCCAUUCCUGGGUGAGGAGGGAGCCAAGCUAGGGUCACUGUCCCUACUGGAGUGAGACAGUGCACUACCUUCCUCCUGGGGACACUUACAGCCUGGUGUCCACAUACAACGUGCUGGGAUGUUAGGGGAGGCAGGGGGGUAUCAGGAGAUGGGUUGCAGCAGGAAAUGAGACACCUUGGAAAGCCCCAGCUAUGAGAAACUGGGAGCAAAGGGUUUGCCUUGGCGAGCGUCAGGGCACAGGCCACUUUGCACAGCUCCCUGGCCCAGCCUGCCCAGUGCAAGUGCACACCGUGGGAGGGCUCUGCAGGCCCUUCUGCAGCAUGAACCGUAUGAACGCCCUCACGACACCCUGUGCUUUUGGUUUGGUCUUGUUUGUUUUUCUGUUGUACUUGGGUGUUUUUUUUUUUUU